AUGGAUUUGCGCACCACCAUCCAGUCCACUUUGUCCCCCGAGGCCGCCCUCCGCUCCCAGGCUGAGACUGCCCUCAAGGCGGCCGAACAGCAUCCUGGCUUCAUUGGAGCACUGCUAGACAUCCUCCAGACGGAGCAAGAUCCUGGCAUCCGGCUCUCGGCCGCCGUCUAUCUCAAAAAUCGAAUAUCGCGAGGAUGGCCGAUCGAGAACACUCCUCAUCAACCCGUCUCCGAACCCGAACGGAAGCCCUUCAGAGACCGCCUUCUCCCCAUCCUAUCCACAUCUCCUCCUCUGAUUCGGGCUCAGUUGAUCCCGAUCCUGCAGACCAUCUUGCAGUAUGACUUCCCUGCGAAAUGGCCCGAGUUGAUGGACAUCACCCUCCAGUUGAUGAAUACUCAAGAUGCCAAUUCAGUAUAUGCAGGCCUGCAAUGUUUAUUGGCCAUUUGUCGCACUUACCGUUUCCGUGCGGGCGAAGAGAGGGCAAACCUGGACAAGGUGGUCAACGUGGCUUUUCCCGUGUUGUUGAAUAUCGGAAACAAGCUGGUCCGUGAGACCAGCCCGGAGGCGGGUGAGAUGCUGCGAAUAUGCGUCAAGUGCUACAAGCACGCCGUAUACUAUGGUCUCCCACAGCCUCUUCAGACUCACCAGGCAACAGUGGACUGGUGCACGUUGUUUUUAACCAUCAUCUCUACGGAGCCUCCUGAGUAUGCAAUGCCGGAGGAUCCUGAAGAUCGGGAGCGGAACCACUGGUGGAAGGCAAGGAAGUGGUCGUAUGCCAACCUGAACAGGCUGUACGUCAGAUACGGGAACCCCUCAGGGAUCUCCACCAGCCAGGACAGAGAGUACGGGGAUUUCGCCCGGAAUUUCAUUACGAAUUUCGCACCUGAGAUUCUCAAAGGUUAUUUGGGUGAAAUCGAGAAAUGGGUCGGCGGAAACCACUGGUUAAGCAAGGCGUCCCUAUCUUAUACACUGAUUUUCUUGGAAGAGUGUGUCAAACCGAAAGCAAUGUGGGACAAAUUGAAGCCACACAUGGACAGUCUGAUCAAGCAUUUGGUCUUUCCUGUCCUCUGUCAAUCGGACGAAGACAUGGAACUGUUCACUGAGAACCCUCCGGAUUACCUGCACCGGAAACUCAAUCUUUAUGAGGAGGUGUCUGCGCCAGACAUGGCCGCCACCAAUUUCUUGAUUGCACUGACCAAGAAUCGUAAACAACAGACAUAUGUGAUCCUUUCCUAUGUCAAUGAAGUGGUCACACGUUACGAAGCCGCGCCCGACGACCAGAAGAACCCUCGAGAGAAAGAGGGCGCCCUGCGGAUGAUUGGGUCGCUCGCGUCGGUCAUCUUGGGCAAAAAGAGUCCAAUCGCCGACCAGGUCGAGUACUUUUUCGUACGACAUGUAUUGCCCGAAUUCCGGUCUCCGCAUGGUUUCCUCCGAGCCAGGGCUUGUGAGACUAUGGAAAAGUUCGAACAACUCGACUUCAAAGACGAGAACAACCUCAUGAUCAUCUACCGAAACAUUCUCGAAUCAAUGGCUGACCCGGAGCUGCCAGUCAGGGUCAUGGCUGCGUUGGCUUUGCAGCCGCUGAUUAGGCAUGAUGCCGUUCGCUUAGCGAUGCAGGCCAACAUCCCUCAGAUCAUGCACCAACUCCUGAAGUUGAUGAACGAAGUGGAUGUCGAUGCCCUGUCCAACGUGAUGGAGGAUUUCGUCGAAGUCUUCGCCGAACAGCUCACACCUUUUGCGGUGGCCUUGAGUGAAAACUUGAGGGACACUUAUCUUCGGAUCAUCAAAGAAAUCCUGGAGCGGAAUGAGGCCAAGGCAGCUGAAAGUGGCGAUGGGCCCGGAUAUGGGGACUAUCUUGAUGACAAGGCCAUCGCGGCUCUGGGUGUCUUGCAGACUAUUGGCACCUUGAUCCUCACGCUCGAAGCGACGCCAGACGUGCUUCUCCUUCUAGAAAACAUCCUCAUGCCAGUCAUCACCAUCACUUUGGAGAACAAACUGUACGAUCUGUACAACGAAGUCUUCGAGAUCAUCGACUCAUGUACCUUUGCUUCCAAAUCCAUCUCGGACACGAUGUGGCAGGCAUUUGAGCUGAUGCACAAGACGUUCAAGGAUGGCGCAGAAUUGUACUUGGAAGACAUGCUUCCCGCGCUGGACAACUUUGUUGCCUACGGGCAGCAAAGGCUAAUCAACCAUCCUCCUUACCUUGCAGCUAUUGCAGGCAUGGUCCGCGAUAUUUUCACGGACCCUAAGGUCGGCGGUGUCGAUCGCAUUUGUGGAUGCAAGCUUGCCGAGGCGCUGAUGCUCAACCUCAGAGGUGGACCGAUGGAUAGCUACAUUCCAACAUUUGUGACCCUUCCCAUGGAAGUCCUGAUAGGACCGCAGCAGAAGACAAUCAUGAAGAGCUAUAAGAUCCACCUGGUGGAAAUGGUGAUCAACGCGAUCUACUACAACCCCAACCUAGCAAUGCGGGUGCUCGAGGCGCACGGUUGGACAAACAAGUUCUUUUCGAUCUGGUUCGGCAGUAUCGAUUCGUUCCGCCGCGUGCACGACAAGAAACUCUGCAUCGCCGCGAUCUCGGCCCUGCUCACCAUCAGGGCCGAGCAAGUGCCGCAGUCCGUCCAGACUGGAUGGCCACGCCUGCUCUCUGGCGCCACGUAUUUGUUCCGCACCCUCCCCGCGGCCAUGAAGCAGCGUGAAGAAGCAGUCAGAGCUUCAGACGGCGUCUCGGACACUCUCUCCGAGUAUGCUUCCGAUGACGAAGCCGACGACUGGGCCGACGAGCCGGCGGGCGAGGCCGCAGGAGGCCAAGAAUGGGGCAAUGUCAACGCGGCUUCUCUGCCCGACACCAAGGGCGACAUCAAGGACGAGUCCCAGGCCUAUCUGGACUUCCUUAGCGAGGAGGCCAAGAAGUUCGGCGCCCUAGCCGAUGACGACGACGAAGAUAGUAUCCUCGAUGAAGACAGUCUUCUUGAAAGCCCGCUCGACAGGUUCGACCCGUACGCCACGUUCAGAGAGUCCCUGGGCAAACUCCAGGCCGAGCAGCCUCAGCUGUACCUGAAUCUGACCUCGACGUUGGACCCUGCCGACCGCGACGUGCUCCAGAGUGUCGUCAACCACGCUGCCCAGCUUCAGGCUCAACCGCACGUGUAG